CAAAACUUAACUUUUUAAGUCUAUUAAAAAAAAAACAUUUCUUCCCAAAUCCCAAUACCCUAUUUCCGUCUUCGUCGCCGUUUCUUCUGGAAAGAAGAAACCCUAGCACAAGCAGGUUUGCCAUGGGCUAUAAGAACAAUAAGAAAAAGGAGAAAAAGAAGCAGCCGGUUGAGCAUGAGCAGGAGAAGCAGCCUUCUGCUGAGAAGAAAGAAGAGAAGCAGAAGCAGGUGGUUGUUGAUGAGGAAGACUACAUACCCAUUAAAACAUUAACUGAGCAUGGGAUAGAUGCACAAACUGUGAAAACACUGCAAGAUGCAGACAUCUGGAAUACUCUCCUCCUCACAAACAACAAGAAUCUUUUGUCUGGAGUCAAAGGCCUACCACAUUAAUCUAUGUAUGACCCAAUCUGUGAAGCCAUCCACAAAAUAAUGGUUUCCCUAACCUCUGAAGUUCAACAAUUCACGCAAAGGGCUGUGGCUGGUAUGGAGGUCUUUUACAAAAAGAAAAAAAGAUGCCUUCAUCAGAAAAGUUAUUCGAGCCACUCAACAGUAUGUCAAAGACUGUUACACCUUCGAUGAGAUGGAUAAGGCUUUGUCUAGUGAAUUUAGCCACUCACGCGAUGCAACCCAGAAAAUCUUCGAAUGCUUUUUUGUGGGUGAAAAGGGAUCCAUGGCUUACAAGCAGCUUUCAUCGAUACGUUCUGCACAGAGAAAAGCAAAUCAGAAGGAUAAACAUGCUCCUCUUGAGCAGGAGGAGCUUGCUGUGAGGAAGAAGCAAGCUCUUAAGAAGGAGGAGGCUUUUACUGAGAUGGAAAAGCAAACUUCUGAGAAGAAAAAGGAGGAGUUUGUUGGGAAGAAGGAGGAGUUUGUUGAGUUGGAGAAGCAAACUCCUAAGAAGAAGGAGGAGGAUAACAAGGAAGAUUGCAUCGAAACAUAUCAUGCUGAGAAUGCUUCUAAGGUGAAAGAUCUUGCUGAGAAUGCUUCUAAGGUGAAAGAGCAGCUUACUGUGUUGAUUGAAGGUUUAAAAGUCCAAGAGGAGCUGUUUAAAGUGAUAGAGAGCCAUCAAGCUGAGAUUGCGACAAAAGGUUAUCUAGACAAUUUUGAGGCUCGCAUAACAGGAAACCUUAACACUGUGGCUAAAGAGGUAGCCAGUGGAGUGGCAUCAGUUGUUGGGAAGAUCCUAACCUCGCGUAGGAGAUCCAGUGCAUCGACACAAAGGGAGAGGAUCAUGAGAAGCUCUGCGACCAGAGCUGCUCAUGUUGUUGCUACUGUUACUGGCGGUAGCACUAAACAACAAAUUUCCGUUUCCAUUGUAAAUCGCUACUAUGAAGAAGCCAUCACUUUGGCUCUAGAUGCCGAUGAACCUACUUUAGGGUGGACAUUGUAUCAGCUUAAGGAUCAUAUGAAUUCACAUCCGGGGGACGAGAAUAAAAUUCUUUCGUUAUUAGGGCGGUUGGUGCCUCUGGUCACUGCAGAGGGAGGAGUGCACAUUGGUGUGUUUACUCUUUGGUUCGAAGCAAUGCUCGAGAAGGCCGUCCUUAAAGAUCUGGUGAUCACAGCGGAAGUACAUGCGGCAGAAGAACAUAUCAGAGCGAGACAUGUGCGUGAGCAGGCGCGUCUGGCUGCUGCUAUUGAAGGAGAUAUCGAGAAAUACUUUGAGCAGUUUGGUUAUGGUGAUUAAAAAAGCAAGUAGCUCAGGAGGAGUUGAAGAUUCAUGCAAGUGAGUGGAACUUGGAGCCUGAAAAAUAUAUGUGAUGGAGGCAUGGAGUGUGGAACUUUUGUUUUUAAUCUUUCAUAUGAAUAUAAAUAUGUAAAACUUUGUUUUUUAAAUUUCAGACUUAGAAUUUGAGGACAAAAAUUGUGAUAACUUAUUUCGUAUGUCUUCAUGAACAAAUGACCCGCGUGGUGACUAAUGACUAGUUGUCGUGUUUGGGGUUG